AUGUCCUCCCUGACGUCGAGAGUGACAGACAGGUUGUUCUUUUUGAAGGCGCCUGCAGUCAAGAUGCAGUUGAAGGACGACGUCAGCACCAUCGAGAUCUUCACCUGCGCGCCUGAAGAGCCUAAUCAAAGCCCGUGGCGCAGGCAGUACAACGCAUACUUCUUCCACGAUGGACAUGGUAAUCAGGUGCUCAUCUUGCCGGACGGCGUACUCGAGCGCACGGAAAGCUUCAGUCCCUGGCCGCGCUACAAGACCUUCAGCAAACUGAGCAAUAAGGAGGCUUUCCUGGCUGCCAAACACGCCUGCAAUCAUGUGCGCGAGCUCCGCAAGAAGGAGGAAGAGCGCCUCACGAUUGAGACUGUGACGCAGAAAGUGACGCAGCAAGUUCUGAGAGAAAUGCCGAGGGUGCUCAAAGACUUUGAGGAUCACAGACGUCUCGAGCCCCAGAAAGACGGCAGUGUAGCCGAGAAGCCGUCGCGACCAGUUCAAGUCAAGAUGCAGGAGCUGGCAGCCAAGGUCGCGGUCCCGAAAAGGGCGCACCCCCUGGAUCGAGGCAGCAAGGUCCAGGCCCCCGUCAAGGAGAAGAAACUCGACGCAAGCGCAUCGACCGUUCAGAGCGCCAACAUGGCAGGCAAAAUGGCAAGCAAGGAGGGCAGUCCACAGGUCUCUCCGGUCCAGAACGCGAUCAUUGGCGACAACAGUGCUCAAGCUUUCGAUGCCAACAAGGAAGUCAAAGCUCUUCGCGAGGAGAUGAGCGCUCUGAGCAAGCGAGUGGCGCAAGCAGAGGCGAUGCACAAGCCUCGGGUCUUUCAGAUCGAAGGCUUGACGAUGAAGCUUCCGCCGCUGUGCUCAAGCGCGCAGUGA